AUGGCUUGCGGUGACGGUUGUUGCAAGUCAGCUCAGGCAAGCAGUACACCUGCAGUACGCAUUUCGCAGGAGCCAACCGCAAAACUUACUACAAACGCCCUCGAAGAAAGGAGGUCUGCUUCGUUACUGUCCUGUUGCGAUGAAAGGAGCGUCGGUCGUGAGGAAGUCGGCUGCGGCUCUCGUCAGAAUCCGAGCGAGAUUAGUGUAUCACAGUCCUGCUCGCCGAGCCCGACAGAGACUACUCCACCAAUCAGCAAAGCCAGCCUUCGAGAGACAUGUGUAGGUGGUUGUUGUCCGAAAGAACUGCCAACUGCCAAAUCGCCUCUUCCAUCGAAGACCACAGAAUGCUACUCCAACGAUACCGGCAAGCAAGGCUGCUGUGUCAACGACAAUAAGGCUAGCACAACUGUUGGUGCACUUGAGAUGUUACCUAACAGCCAUGAGUUCAUCGACAUCGAAAAGAGCGGAAUAGGCAAUCAGCAUAUCGUCCUCAGCAUAUCCGGCAUGACGUGUACAAGCUGCGAGACGAAGCUCCGGCGGAUCAUGGCCACACUCCCCUACAUCAGCAAGCUGCGAACCAGCCUGAUCCUUGCGCGCGCGGAGUUCGACAUCAAUACCAGCGUAGCGACUGUCGAAGAAGUUAUCAGACAUCUCGCGCGUACGACCGAAUUCAAAUGUGAGCUGAUAUCGGAUCAGGGUUCGAGUCUCGAUUUCGUCUGUAGUGGGGACUCGGCGACGGUCGCUCAUGGCCAAUGGCCUCACGGCGUGAUCAAUGUGCGAUCUCUCGACAGGAACACAGUUCGCGUAGAUUACGAUGCAGACGUGGUUGGGGCUCGAGAUCUGAUAGAGAAUGGCUGGGACAGACCAAUGCAGCUGGCACCGAUGCGCCCAGAUCCGUCACUCGACGCUGGAGGUAGGCACGUCUGGCAUACGGGUCUCGUGACCUUGCUUUCAGCGUGUCUCACGAUACCGGUCCUAAUUAUGGCGUGGGCACCUCUUCUGGACCGUGAAAUAGCGUACGGCUCCGCUUCGCUCGCGCUGGCCACCAUUGUGCAGGUGUGCAUCGCAGAACCUUUCUACCUCAAAGCUAUCAAAGCUCUUUUCUUUUCGCGCGUCAUCGAGAUGGACUUGCUGAUAGUUUUGAGUACAAGCGCCGCCUACGUGUUUUCAGUUGUUUCGUUCGGUUAUAUGGUUGCUGGAAAGCCUCUAUCCACUGAUGAGUUCUUUGAAACGAGCACGCUUCUCGUCACUCUUAUUAUGGUCGGGCGCUGGGUUGCUUCGCUGGCUCGUCAGAAGGCUGCUGAAUCAAUCUCGAUACGUUCGUUGCAAGCUCCCACCGCGAUACUCACCAACCGAAGAGGAUUAGACAAGGAGAUUGACGCCAGACUACUCCAAUAUGGCGACAAUCUCAAGGUUGCGCCGGACUCACAGAUACCCACUGACGGUACUGUUGUCGUCGGCGUAUCUGAAGUUCAUGAGUCAAUGCUUACUGGGAAGUCAAGGCUUGUAGACAAGCAUGUUGGCUCUCCUGUGAUCGCAGGUUCAAUAAACGGAUCUGGCGUGCUUACACGCUUACCUGGGGACAAAACCAUCGCUACAAUCGCAAGCAUGGUCGACGAAGCAAAGCUGUUAGAGCCAAGAAUACAAGACGUUGCAGACACAGUCGUAAGUUUCUUCGUGCCGGUUGUCGUGGUGCUCACGAUGAUAACGUUUGUCACCUGGGUCGCAAUAUGCAUCACUGUUCGCAAUCAGUCUGGCUCAGAUGCCACUAUCAAGGCCAUCACCUGCGCCAUCACCGUUUUGAUAGUGUCUUGUCCCUACGAUAUUGGCCUGGCCGUUCCCAUGGUCUCGUUAUAG